AUGAAGAAGAUCUCUCAAGACCGUAGGAUGACGAGCCCCAGAACAGAUGCGGACCCGCUUAGGGUGGUCGCCGCGCACAGCGACUCCCAUAGUGACUGCUCAGACUCUCCCCGACCUCCUCAGGACCCUCUUGACUUGAACACAACGACUUCCGAAUUGCAGAUACUUGUUCAUCAGCUUGAGCGCCGGCUUGCAGGCUAUAUGCCCGAUCGCUUACGAUAUCGUCUGAGUGCAGAAGACUUUACCAGACUUACUGGGGAGUAUGAGCAGAAACUGCGUUGGCAGGAAAGUGUGCGAUACGAUUACUUCUCUGAUACCCACGAAUUCGUCCUUCGAAUUCCCAAGCGUAAGCAUGAGGUUGUCCAUUCAGGGUUCAGCCGUCUUCUGCAAAAAAAGAUUGAACAGCUCUGUGCCAAACAUCAAGUGGUGUGUCCAUUCGAACUAUUAAGAGAGUCAGAUAUCGAAGCCGAACAAGGCGAUGUGUUCAUGCCGGAUGACCAGAUCAUGUGCCUCGACGCAGAACAGCCAGGCCUGGUUUUAGAGGUGGGUAACUCACAAGCGGUCAAGGACCUAGAAAAGAAAGCACGUCGUAUCAUCAAGGCGGGAAAAGGACAGAUACGUCAGGUCGUUACAGUGAAACUUCAUCAAGACUCACAGGUGGAUCUGACGGUUUGGAGACCCUGUAUCACCAGCGAUUGCCCGCCGAGAUUAACAGCCGAACAUGUUGAUCAAGUCAUACGAAACACGAACGCUGAGCCUGUCCCCGGUGCGCAACUGGAAAUUCCAAUGGCAGAAAUGGCGCCUCCUAAAUUGUUGCCCGACUCCCUACGAAACGAGACCAUUAUUAUCACAGCCGAAGAACUAUGCGGAAUCGUCAAGCGCGCAGAGGACUUCCACAACAAUGUCGCAAAGGAUCGCUAUGAAGACUUCCCCACAGACCUUGAGUGGACUUUGUCGCCAGCCAGUUCGAUUUCUACCGGGCUGAGUCAGGAAGAUGAUGAACAACAAGAGUCUAUGCCUGAGAAUGAAUGUAAGUCGGCCAGAACAUUUCGCUCUGACAAGCCAUAUCGGUCGCCUAUCAAGAUGCGCGCGAGAAAAGUCAACAAGCAAGAUUAGCCCAUCGCUGAUUCAUGAUUUGUGGAUACGAUUUCUCAACGAAGGUG